AUGGUCUUCAUCAACAUGCACCUGCAGGGACACUUUAAAAUAACUCUCACUCCAGUAUAUGUUAGUGUUGUAUUAAGAUGCUGGUUUGUUGUAGUUGUCGUGAGCUCCAUCAGUGUGACAGGAUAUUCAGGAGGAGGAGUCAAGAUCACAUGCAAAUAUAAGACAAAAUAUGCACAAAAUGAAAAGUCUUUUUGUCGAGGUGAUCAGACUCAGAGGUCCACAUGCUCUGAACUCAUCAAGACUGAGACUAAAGAUAAAAGGGUUGAUUCUGGAAGAUUCUCUCUGUAUGACGACACAAGUUCAGCAGUCUUGAAAGUGACCAUCAGAGAUCUGAAUGAAGAGGAUUCUGGGACAUACUACUGUACAUUUGGUAAAACUAGAGGAAAAGAUUCCUACACUGAAGUGAAUCUGAAGGUUAUAAGAGAUGAUUGUUGUGAGAAGAGCAUCAGUCUAUCAGCUGCUGCAGGAGGAUCUGUGAACAUCAGCUGCAAAUACCCACAAUCCCACAUUAAUGAUGUGAAGUUUCUCUGCUGGAGAUCUGGAGAUGAUCUCUGUGCUGAAGAGUCAUCUGUGACAAAGAAAAGUAAAUGGAUUAAUAAGGGAAAGAUCAAGCUGUUUGAUGACAGGGAAAAGCAGCUCCUGUCAGGAAGCAUCAGUCAUGUGACUGAACAACAUUCAGAAUACUGGUGUGGAGUUCAGUCUGAUCAAGGACACAAGAGCUUCAUCACACGAGUUACAGACGAAGAUGAUGACACAGAUGAUGACGAAGGACUCAGGAUUGGAGACGAAGACAAUGAGGACAACAGGUAG